AUGUCCGCCAUCAACCACAGCACCUUCCCUCUCAUGUUUGAUGCCGUUUGGGACGCCAUGGACACGGCCACCGUCCUGGCCUGCCGAAACGUGGACUCUCGGUGGCGCAAGCGCGCUGACCAACGCCUCCAACAACACAUGAUGCUUCUCCCCGCCAUAUCGCGCGCCGACGCCGACCCCAGCAACCUUGCGUAUACGGCACACCUGCCUGCCACCCUCUGUUCUCGAGACGCUCCGCAUAUUGCCAGCCUGAGAUGCGAACUUCCACCCCCCGACGCGCCGAUAGCAGUCUUGAAGAACACCAUGCUGUCCAUCAAACCCACCUUCAGCAACUUGCGAGUGCUGGACGUAGACUGCUCUGGCGAACUGCACGGCGCCGCGAGCCUCAUAGGGCCGCUAUUCGUCGCCACCUGCCCUCACGCCAUAUUCCGUGCAUUUGUUCCGACUGAAUCCCUCGGCCAGGUUGUUGGUGUCGGCCGUGAGCAAGUGUUUUUCAUGGACUUGGAACGUCCUGCCAAGAUUAUCACCUACAAGCCCAACCCCGUCAUUCUGAACUUGCGCUGCGACGCUGAGGAGAACAGCCCCUUCCAGUUCGUCCAGUCUAUGGGAGGGGCGGAUCUGUGGCAUGUCUUGGAUCAUCAGCUGAUGUAUAAACGCCACGCUGUCUGCAUCUGCGGUUUCCUCUUCACAAUCGCCAACGUCGACCUGUCCUAUCUGGACUCGCUAUCUGUCUGGCUGGGCUGCUCAAGCCUGCCCACCCAUGCCGCCCUGACUUUCGAAACGCAGAUCACGCUCGUCGGCUUUGAGCGUCUGUUCACAGAAGAGCGAGAUUACAGACUCUUCAAGCACUACGUCAAGUGCCGGUACAGCGGGCCGCUAGGCGCCCCAGGCGCUCUCGAUCUAGGCGGGCGUGGGGCCGGUGAGCAGUUCAUGGGCCCUGUGGAUCCAGCAGACGUCAGAAGUCCGGUCCUGGCGGAUUGGACUGUAUCCCCUUUGAGGCGACUUCUGGUCCGCGUACUGACUCGCCAGGAGUACGAGGACGAGGUGGGCUCCGAGAAGUUCACACUAUACACCGUGUGGUGA